CCUACCCAUGUUCAACAUUCUUUCUCGCUCCUUUUUUUCUUCUCUCUUCUUCCUCAACUAUUUAUACAUACAAACAUACACACUAUUAAAAUAAAAAAAAAAAUCAAUUAUAAAAAAAUUCAAGAAUGAAAGAAAAACAACUUAUCACUUCUCUUUUCUUCACCUACUUAUUACUCUUACUCUUAUCCUCCUUUGUCUAUCCGUCAACGGCCGGCGGACCAUCCGGUGAGAAUCCAUUUUCUCCAAAAGCAUUUGCGAUCCGAUACUGGAACAACAAGAUUUAUAGAGUGCCCCGACCCGAAUUCCUUCUCAAAAAAGCUUCCCCACUUACCGCGUCUGACUCAGCUCGAUUCACUAAACUCGCUUCCCAAAACUCACUCUCAACUCACCUUGACUCGUUCUGUAAACUCGCUAAUCUCCUAUGUUUUCCUGAUCCCACAAAUUAUCUCUCCUCUAAACAAUCCCCUGACGGUAAAUUCUCCGUUUAUUCCAACCAAAACUUCACCAACUAUGCAACUGGAACAGCUGGCGGACUCAGCUCGUUUAAAAACUACUCAGGUAAUGAAAACGAACCGCUCGACUCAUUCCGAAGAUACAGCCGUGACUCAGCGGGUCACCAUGACGAGUUCACAAACUACGCAAAUGACGGCAAUGUGAUUUCUCAGAGUUUCAAUACUUAUGCUGCUGGAGCAACUGGUGGGUCAGGUAAAUUCUCUGUUUAUGCCGAUAAUGUAAACGUUCCGGGUCUCAAAUUCACCUCUUACUCGGACGAGUCAAAUGGGCGAGUCAACUCGUUUGACUCGUACUCAAAUGAGGCUAACUCGGGUGAACAGGGAUUUGGUAAUUACGGUAAAAACGGUAACGGAGUUAUUAACAGUUUUGGAAGUUACAAUAAAGAUGCCAAUGUUGUGGGGUCCGCUUUUUCCGGUUACUCCGAAACCGGAAAUGCCGGAAAUGAUACUUUUACAUCAUAUGGGUUUAACGGUAAUGUACCGGAAAAUCAAUUUAAUAGUUAUGCGGAUAAUGGCAAUGCUGGAAUUGAGAGUUUUUCGAGUUAUAGAGAUCAAUCAAAUGUUGGGGAUGAUAUUUUUAAAUCGUAUGGAAAAAAUUCAAAUAGUGAAAAAAUUAAUUUUGGUAAUUAUGCUGAAAGUUUUAAUACAGGAUCCGAUAACUUUACCGGGUAUGGUAAUGGAGCUAAAGGACAGCAAAUUGGGUUUACCACUUAUGGGGAAGGAAGUAAUUUUAAGGAGUAUGUUAAAAAUGGGGUGAAGUUUUCGGAUUAUAGGAAUAAUAGUGGGAGUGGUAGUGUUGUAAAUUCGGAAAUGAGUAAGGGUAAAAAUGUAAAUAGAUGGGUCGAGCCGGGAAAAUUUUUCCGGGAAGAAAUGUUGAAGGAAGGAAUUGUGAUGCCAAUGCCGGAUAUAAAGGAUAAAAUGCCACCACGGUCCUUUUUGCCGAGGUCGAUACUGACUAAAAUUCCCUUCUCUUCGUCGAAAAUUACGCAAUUGAAGGAAUUUUUUCAUGCAUUUGAGAAUUCUACUAUGGAUGGGAUGCUAAACGCUGGGUUGAGGGAGUGUGAGCGGGCCCCGAGUAUGGGUGAGACUAAAAAAUGUGUCGGGUCGAUUGAAGAUAUGAUUGAUUUUGCAGUUUUGGUUUUGGGUCAGUCCGCGGAGCCACGGACAACUGAGAAUAUAAGUGGGUCGAAAUCAGAUAUUUUGAUCGGGAAGGUUCGAGGGAUUAAUGGUGGGAAUGUUACGAAAUCCGUUUCUUGUCAUCAAAGUUUGUACCCGUAUUUGUUGUAUUAUUGUCAUUCGGUUCCUAAGGUUCGGGUCUAUGAAGCGGAUAUAUUGGAUCCGAAAACUAAAGCUAAUAUCAACCAUGGUGUUGCAAUUUGUCAUUUGGAUACUUCGUCUUGGAGUCCGACCCAUGGAGCAUUUUUGUCACUCGGGUCAAGUCCGGGUAAGAUUGAGGUUUGCCAUUGGAUCUUUGAGAAUGAUUUAACUUGGACUAUUGCUGAUUAACAUGAGUUUUUUCUCUUAAUAAUUUUAUUGUUUUUAAACGUUGGGUAUUACUUAUUAACUUUAUUAUUAUUGUUCUUAGAUUUUGGGUAUAUUUUAUAGGGUUUUAAAUAAUGGAUAUAAAUGGUAAUUAUAUAGAAUUAUGUAUUUAUUAAACAAUUAUUAAUUGAAAUACAUUUUACUAAUUUUAUGCACAUAUUUCUGUAAUU